AUGGCGUCUCCCGCCGGCGGGUACGGCGGCGUCACGGGGAGCGCCGUCGACACCCAUCACCAGCACCACCACGGCCACAUGCUGCUUCAUAGCCAUGCACACCACGUGGCAGCCGCCGCCGCCGCGUCGGGCGGGCAGCUCUUCCACGUGCCGCAGCACAGCCGCCGCGAGAAGCUCCGGUUCCCGCCGGACUCCGCCGUGGGGGACUCGCCACCAACCCCCCUCCCCCCACAGCAGCACCACCACCACCACCAGCAACAGACCGGGGCGUGGCCGCCUCCGGCUUUCUACUCCUACGCCUCCUCCUCAUCCUCCUACUCGCCGCACAGCCCCACGGUGGUGCAGGGGCACCUCGUGCCCAACGGGCUCGACCCGCACCCGCAGGCACAUCAGCAUCAACCGCAGCAGCAGCUCACGCAGAUCCCGACGCAGAACUUCGCGCUGUCCCUCUCCUCCGCGUCGUCCAAUCCCGCCACGGCGCCCCCGACGCCCAAGCGGCAGCAGCUAACCGGCGGCCCGUCAACGGCCGCCGGGCCGUACGGUCCAUUCACCGGCUACGCCACGGUGCUCGGCCGCUCCAGGUUCCUCGCCCCGGCGCAGAAGCUGCUCGAGGAGAUCUGCGACGUGGGCGCCGCCGCCGCGCACGUCGACCGCAGUCUCCCCGACGAGGGCCUGCUCGACGCGGACCCCACGGACGCCGCCGACGGCCAGGACCUGGACAACGACGCCGACCGCGGCGAGGCCUCCGACGCCGGACCCAUGUCCGGCGCCGAGCAGCAGUGGAAGAAGACCAAGCUCAUCUCCAUGAUGGAAGAGGUUUGCAAGAGGUACAGGCAGUACUACCAGCAGGUCCAGGCCGUGAUCGCCUCCUUCGAGAGCGUCGCCGGGUUCAACAAUGCCGCACCGUUCGCGGUCAUGGCUCUGAGGGUCAUGGCGAAGCACUUCAGGCACCUCAAGUCCAUGAUACUGCACCAGCUGCGCAACACGAGCAAGAUGCCCGUCAAAGAAGGCAUGAGCAAAGACAUCACCAUAUUUGGCCUUGGCGGCGGCGGCGGCACCGUCGGCUUCCAGAGAGGGGGUAGUGUCAGCGGCUUUGGCCAGCCGCACAACAUUUGGCGCCCUCAGAGGGGGCUUCCGGAGCGCUCGGUGACCGUUCUCCGCGCUUGGCUCUUCGAGCACUUCCUGCAUCCGUAUCCUACUGAUGGCGACAAGCAAAUGCUGGCUAAACAAACUGGUUUGACAAGGAAUCAGGUCUCGAACUGGUUUAUUAAUGCGAGGGUUAGGCUCUGGAAGCCUAUGGUCGAAGAAAUACACAACCUUGAGAUGAGGCAAAUCCACAAGCACUCACCUCUCGACAAGGCGCAGCAUGGCAUUCACAAUCAGACUGAGAAUUCGUCGCGGCGCAAUGGGAAGCGCUCUGAACCCUGCGAUUCGCAGCCGUUGCAAAGCAGCAGCAUCACAAGGAACCACAACACCACAACUUCCCAUGGCUUCCAGGAUGAACUCUCCCAGAUGUCCCACUCCAUCCAGGGCCAGGUGAGCUUCGCAGGAUAUAGCGCGCUGUCAUCGCAGCAGCACAACAUGGCAUCACCGCAACACCAUCAUGUCAGCGGGGCGGGGAAUGGUGGCGUCUCCCUCACUCUCGGCCUCCACCAGAACAACAGGAUCUGCUUCGGCGAGCCACUGCCGUCGACGAUCCCGGCCAACCUCGCCCACCGUUUCGGGCUGGAGGAUGUGAGUGACCCCUACGUGAUGGGCUCAUUCGGAGGCCAGGACAGGCACUUCGCCAAGGAGAUCGGCGGCCACUUGCUCCAUGAUUUCGUCGGGUGAUCGAUGCCGGUGUCUGCUUGCUUUUCUCGUCGUACUGUCCGCCUGAUGAUGCACAUUGUAACGUACGAACUACUAGUAUGCUAGGAUGGUAUAUAAGUCAAUCAAUCAUUUCGCAGCUUGGCUUGAUCGGUCUGAUCAGUCGAUUUCUUUGGAGGGCGGAAGAAACUUUGAUAUGCCCUUCCAUGUAGAUUCAGGUAUGUUGUCAAACAUUCAACACUUUGUGGGCUACACGGAGCUUGACAAUACUUUCCAAAAGGCAUGGCUUUGCCAUUUGUUCUCUAAGCUUUUGGAUUAACCUGUGGUAAUGAAAUGGAUGCCUUUGGCUUGGAGCCU